CAGCUGCUUCCAUAUUACAUUGGUCUUGAGAGUUCUAUUACUUCACUCCAGAAUGCUCAGAGUACUGUUUUUGUUCGCACUGUUGACUGUGGCUCGUUGUCAUGACAGUGGCCAUAAAGACCAUGAACAUCUUGCAGAGAUGAGAGCCCACUGCCCAUCUGCCUCCAGUAACUCUUCUGCCGCAGCCUGUCCCACAGCAUGCACUAAUGGAACUGACUGCACAGUUAUAAACUGCUCAUCCGACACCAACUGCACAGGAGCCCAGAAGUGCUGUGACACCAACUGUGGACUAAUGUGUGUGGAUCCUGAGUACAAGACAAUCUGUGGCGAGGAUGAUGACUGUGUAGGAGCUCUGGUCUGCUGUAAGGAAAGCUGCGUCACAGAGUGCGCACCCCCGAAAAAGGAAAUGAAAAUGAAUGAAGAAGAAGACGAAGACGAAGAAGAAGACAAUGAAUAAUGUGUUAAGGAGGAUUCUCCAUUCACACAGGAGACACAGCAAAUGCUGUUCAUAAGAUUAUAAA